UUUUUUUUUAAUAAAAUAAAUACGCCAGUUUUAAUAAUUAAUUAUUUAAAAUGUAUCUUUGAACGUUGUCUACCUCCGUGUCGAAUAUAAAACAAUUUAAACUCAACAAACUUAAUAAAAGUCGUGUUGAUCAUAUGACAUGGUGACAUACGCCAUCAUCAGCUGAGCUGAGAGGAAAACGAUGCUGAUGUCACAGUGCUAGUAGUCGGGCACGCGCUUUAACCAUCGACACACAAAAAAGAGGGUAGUUUAUUGGAGGAUGGCGUUUGUGAAAAGCGGGUGGCUGCAUAGACAAAGCACCAUCUUGCGUCGCUGGAAGAGGAACUGGUUUGACCUCUGGUCAGAUGGACGUCUGGUCUUCUACGAUGACCAACAGAGACGGGACAUGGAGGAUGAGAUCCACAUGAAGGUGGACUGCAUCAACAUCCGCAACGCCAAUGCGUGUAAAGAGCUCACGCCGCCUGAUGGCAAAAGCAAAGAUUCCCUCCUGCAGAUCGUGUGCCGGGAUGGGCGCAUCAUAAGUCUCUGCGCAGACAGUGCAGACGAUGCAUUGGCUUGGACCAUUGCUCUACAGGAUGCUAGAGUCAAUAUGGUUGUGUCAGCCAAUCAGAUGGGUUUUGCUGAGGAAGUCAUAGCGUCAGCCCCUCCCCCUUACUCUGAAUUAAAUCCAACUCCACAGGUUUAUUACCCUGAUGGAUAUGGAGGCUAUGUGCCUCAUCCUCCUCCUUAUGCCACACAGAUGGUGUACGCCGCAGAUGGACAGCAGUACGCUGUCUCCUAUCCUUACCAGUAUCAAGGUACUAGGAAGCUUGUUUACCUUCGCCUUGUUUUAUCAUGCCAUUGUUUACCUGAUCCGGUUUUUGACAAUGUAGCAUUUAUCAAUUAUUAUGAUCUAUUUUCAGGAGGUUAUAGACCUGGGGUCAACAAUGUUGUUGUGCAGGAACGUCGCCAUGAUGAUGCAGGUGACAUCGCUCUGGGAAUGUUAGCCGGCGCUGCGACAGGAUUGGCCCUCGGCUCCCUAUUUUCUGUAUUCUAAUGUAUUCCUGCCAACCCAGCCUAACCCCUGAACUCAAGCAGCCUACAGCCAUUUUAACUUUCGACUUUACACAUUUUAAAUGCAACACGUACUGAAGGUGUUAUAAUGUAGCCAGGGGUUGUGCUUAUUUUUUGUCUGUGUCAGUUGAUUAAUUUGACUUUGUACCAAAGGCGUAGAAAACUUUGUUGCUUUGCAAAUGUAAUCAGUGCGAUUUAGGGAUGUAUACUGAAUUAUUGGCUAUAAGAGUCGAGAUAUUGAUUAUCUUUAAGGUUAAUAGAUCGUCAUUCUCAUUAGCUAUCUUGGUGUCUGCCUCUACUUCACUCUUGUUGAGUCCAAAAUUUACCUGUAAUACUAACAAUAGCCUGUUAUGAAAUUGUACAGUCCCUGGAAACUGAUGGAAUUGAUCAUGGGCAAACCACAUAUAAUGUAUACAUAGUUUUAUUGUUUGGAAAUAAUUUCUUAAUCGCUAAAUUAAGACUUUGUGAUGUGAUUCAGGAAAGAAUUAAACUAAUUAUUAGAUCUACUUUCCCAUAAUUAUUAGCAUUUUUUGUGGAUGGCCUUUUUUACAUUUAGUUUUGACUUGUUUGUGCAUAGUGUAUUCUCCCUUUGUAUGUUAUAUUUAUUUUGUUAGAACCGGUGUGUCCUGUUUUUGCAAGGAUUUUUUAUUUAUUUUGCUUAUAGGACUUAAUGUAAAACUUUCAGCCGUCUCAAAUGAACUAGCACAUUUAUUCACAACAUUUGUGACCGAACGCUUCAGAUGAAAUAAUAAUGGAAAUUUGCUAGUGAUACACAACAGUAAAGUGGGAUUGAUUAUACUUGUUACAUUUACAUAUAAUAGUGCUAUUGAAUUUAUCCUUUGUUGUUGUGCUUUGAACUUUGAACAUGUAUAUUAAUAAGUAUGUGAACUUGAGUUCAUGUAAUACAGAAUGUUUGCAUAAGAAGGAAUUUCAGAUAGUUGUUUUGAUUGAACUCUCGUUUGCUUUGUGAAACUUAUCUUUGAGUUUAAUAGGCCGAUGAUUAAGACAUACUCGGUCAUCAGUUAUAUCAUAUUUAGAGUGCUUUGCCGUUUCAACUUCAAAAGUAUGUCACUGCAACAUCUAAAUAAUUUGUAAAAUGCACCAAUAUAUUAAAUCAUGUGUUAUUUAUAAACUAUUAAACCAA